AUGGCUACCUUAGAAAUCUUCACCAUCUCCAUUUUAUUCUUAUUCUCCCUCUUCCUUCCUCACAGAGCUGCCACCCAUUGCAAUGGCUCAACAUGCUCCUUUGACGGCCCUGUGGCUCGAUUUCCUUUCCAAAUAAUAAACAACCAACUCUCAAGGAAUUGUGGAUAUGCAGGGUUUGAUCUCUCAUGCAACAACCAAAGUCAAACUAUUAUCACUUUCCCAUCUUCUGGGGACUUCAUCGUCCAGUGGAUCAACUACAGAGAGCAAACCCUAUUUAUCAACGGCACCGAUAACUGCAUCCCUAAACGCAGUGGCGGAUCCAGGAUCCGUAACCCAAGAGUUUGGCUUGUACUUUAUUUUUGUAACAAAACCGUUCAAGGUCAAAGCCACCAUCCCAUCGCAGAAUUAUCCACCCUAACCAGCCAACAACCUUCCACCAUCGUAACGGGGCUUGAUGCUUCGACCAUCGAAUCAUAUCCCAAGACUCUGCUGGGUGAGAGUUGGGAAUUGCCCAAGUCGAAUGACAACAGUUGCCCAAUUUGUUUGUCCGAGUACAAAUCCAAGGAAACACUAAGGACUAUACCAGAAUGCAACCAUUAUUUCCAUGCUAGUGGUGUAGACGAGUGGCUUAGAAUGAAUGCAACCUGCCCACUUUGUCGAAAUCCACAGGAGAGAUAA